CACCUCCCUGUAGUCUCUGGAUCCUGCUUGAGUUUCGUUGCAACAACCUCUGUGGUUCAUACUACAGACGGUCUGUAGAGCACAGCAAACUCCGUUACCACACAGGAAAGAGCAGCUGCCAGCACACUGUCAAACAGUCCUGUUUGUUUUUCCGAUGUGACGACUGGAGUGUGGGAGCUGCUGUCAGGGGCUGAACUGCAGGUCGGCGCAGGUGGAGCUCAUUUGAAGGCUAUGUACAGCUGGACAUGGAUUAUUGGUGCCCGUCCUCGCCGCUUUGGAUUUAGUUGAAACACAGCCCAGCUCUGCGCCUCCUCCCGUCUCUUCUCCGCGGUGAAGUGAGUGCGCCAAGAACAGGUGGAUCCUGUUUGUGUGCUCAGCUUUAUCCCACAGUCCGCCUUUCACCUUUAUGGGGAACCAGGUGGAGAAAUUAACGCAUUUAAAUUACGCAGAGGUGCCGACGUCGGACCCAAAUGGGUUCGACCCGGACGACGACGGACAGCGGAUUGGUGUCUCUUACAUUUUCUCCAACGACGACGGCGACGACGACCAGGACGAUAAUUUGGACCACUUUUCAUCGGUCGACCACACGGUGAAACACGAAGAGAAGCCCUUCGACCCUCAGGAUGAGCUGGAGUGCUCCAUUCACUACCGAGAGGAGUGCGUCUACGAGAGAAACACCGGAGCCGCGACUCACUCUGCGGAAAGUCUCCUGAACAAGUGCAGACCCGGGGACCUGCUGGAGUUUGUGGCCACUGGACAGUAUCCACACUGGGCUGUUUACGUGGGGGACUUCCAGGUGGUUCACUUGCACAGGGCUGAGAUAAAGAACAACUUUCUCACCGAUGUGAGCCAGGGCAAAAAAGGCAGAAUAGUGAACGGUCUCUACAGGUACCGUGCGUUACCACCGGAGGUGAUUGUGCGCAACGCCCUGGAUCAUGUUGGAUCGAGGGACAGAGAGCUGUACUGGAGAAACUCGGAGUGUUUUGCCGCCUGGUGCCGGUUUGGCAAACGGGAGUUCAAAAUCGGAGGUGAGAUCAGGAUUGGAAAGCAGCCGUACAAGUUAAAAUUACGCUUUUCAGAGAAGAAGAGUCACGUCCUGGAGUUUCAGAGCCUCGAGGACGUGAUCAUGGAAAAGAGGAGGAACGAUCAGAUUGGCAAAGAUGCCGUGAUGCAAGAGCUGGCCAACCACCUGAACGCAACACAUGAAAUCAAAUAAGAACAUUUUGUCAAAUCGUAGUGGAUUCUCUGGUCACCUGAUGCGGAUCUGACCUGUAGGCUAAAUAAGAUGUUCUGUGGAAAAUGCCCAGUUCUUCGUGCUUAAAAACAAAGCGUGGAGUAUUUAUCAAGUCAGCCAGUAAAAGCUUUGUCUGUGGGCUUGGGAGCGUUUGAAUCUUCAGAAGGAGUGCAAAUACAUCUUAAAGUCUUUUUUUUCUCUCUCUGAAAUGAGUGGGGUGACACUUGUUUCUUUCUCAAGUGCAUUAGCAAAGCAGGUUCCAACAAUCAAAACAAAACUCUCCCAAUCCGAUUUGGGUCGGCAUCGAGUGAAAAUUUCACACUGGGAAAUUUCCUUCCUCUUCAAAAAUCACAGAAUUUUUUUCACACCCAACCCAAAGUAAAGACUUUUCAUGAUGGGUACAUAAUUUGCAUCUGAGCUGCACCUGCAGUCUAAUCAUUUGGGGAUGAAAUCAGAAUUGAAUUGUCCAUAAUUAUCUUUCUAAUCCAAUGAAUCUUUGCACAGGGGAGCAAAACCUCCCCAAUGUACUUCUACCUGAUGAGAGUGCUGACAGUGCUUGCUCCUGUACAACUCAGGUGUUGGACAUCAAUACAGAGUGGAAGAGACUUGUCUCCUUGCUUUUAUUAAUGUGUGUAAACCUUGCGGAUUCCCUAACUGUUGCUUUAUAGCCAGUCAUCACAUGACUUUGCCCACUUUUUGACUACCUUGCGGACGCUGUUCACAGUUUUGACAGUUCACUUGUAUUGAUUCAUCCAUUUCAACAGUUUAUUUUUUUGGACAAAAAAGAUGUUUGUAUGAAGGAAUAUUGAAAUAAAUAUAUAUUUGAAGAGUAAA